AUGUGCGCUUUGCCGCGUCCCCGCCCUUGCAGACUUACUUACGGAACACGGUUGGUUGCAGGCCACAGCAUGGAGGCAGGUGGAGGAGGUGCUGGAAGACGAGGCAAGACUCAGCCACGGUUAAACAGUGCUUUUGUGGCGCAAAAACAGACGUUUUGUUGCAGGGUGAGACUAUGCGACGGGACGAUGCCAGACCAGACUGGCCCGUCAUCGAUUUCAAGGACCUAG